AGAUCAAAAAAAUCAUUUUCCUCGUUGCAGACAACUUGUUUAAUGAGAAAAUUGAAACACACCCAUAAUGUACAUUCAUCUUGAUGCUCCUUUCCAGUAUAAAGUCAAAGAAUGGGGUACACAUAGUACGCUGUUCACUAAAUAAAAAGAAGAAAACGGAUUCUCCAACAUUUAAGGCGUACGUCACCAUGGAAGGAGCUCAUGAAAAGCUGCUGCAUCUCUCUUUUGAUGAAACACAAGUGGCAGAAUCAUCUGAAAUUGCAAAGAACAGUAGCCUUCAAUCAAGUAAACUCAUACAAUGGCUUCAAGUAUUUAUCUUUACAUUCUUUACUCUUGGUGGACAAGCAGCUGGCACUCUGUUGGGCAGAGUAUACUAUGAACAAGGUGCCAAAAGCAGAUGGAUUGCUACAUUGGCACAAACUGCUGGCUUUCCAUUUCUCCUGCCUUUUCUUUGCUAUCCUUCACCCAAAAAUCACGAUGAUCAACAACUUAGCAUUGAUCACCAGUCUUCUGUACUUGUUCGCGCUUCGGUUUACAUCUUCCUCGGCUUAUUUCAAGUAGCAAACUCUAUGUUGUUUACAGUUGGUGUACAGUACCUUCCGGUCUCUACCUACUCCCUGAUUUUCGGUUCUCAAUUGGCGUUCACCGCGCUCACUUCAUUCUUCCUCAACGGACAAAAGAUGACCGCAAUUAUACUGAACUCCAUCGUGCUUCUCUCCUUCUCAUCCUCGGUUAUCAUUUUCCGAGAUGAGACGGGUGAUAGCGGAGAAAUAUCUCGGAAAUCUCUGUUUAUAGGAUUUGCAGCUACCACUCUAGGGUCACUCGGUUACGCCUUGCAGUUCUCGCUAACAGAACUGGCGUUCCAGAAGGUCUUCAAAAGUGGCACGUUAAAAGUUGUCAUGAAAAUGUCGUUUUAUAUCGGUCUUUUGGUGACACUUACUUCUAGUAUAGGGCUUUUCGUAAGUGACGAGUGGAAUGAUUUGGAAAAGGAAAUGAGAGAGUUCAGAUCAGGGAAAUUGUCAUACGUUAUGAACUUGGUUUGGACUGCCGUUUCUUGGCAGUUAUAUGCUGUUGGUUCAGUUGGGUUGGUUUUCAAGGCUUCUGCUUUAUUCUCAAAUGUGAUCAUCAAUUUGGGUGGUUCAGUUGGACCAAUAUUUGGAAUGGUGUUCUUGAAAGAGAAAAUGAGUGGGUUGAAGGUGCUUUCAUUGUUAUUAGGGCUAUGGGGAUAUGCAUCAUAUACAUAUCAACACUAUCUUGAUGAUUUAGAGGCAAAAGCAAGUGAAGCUAAACCCUCAACUGAGGCAGGUGAUAAUUUUUAAUAAGCCUCCCUGGUUCCCUCGUUCUAAGAAUUUGAAUGAUAGUUAUAUAUAGUAAUGUUAUCGAAAACUCUUGGAAUUAGUUGUUCCUAAAGAUUAAUUACUACUAUAUAUUGUGUAUUCUUUCACAUGAAAAGAUUGAUAAAAGUAUAGUUCUAAGCUAUUGGAGAGCCAAAGGUUUGUAAUAUGAUUAUAACCUUACGCUUUGCAUAAUAUAUAUAUAUAUCUCGAAAUGAA